AUGGGUCGUGGGAGAGGACGAGGGCGAGGGCGGCCACGCUUGGUGCCACCGUCAACAAACACUCUUACGGCGGCCAUCUCUGAACUGCAAGUCACGGAAGAGGAAGCUUCUGUGGACAACGAAGAGCGUAAUGACACAGUGGAAAACGGUAACCUGGUGGAGGAGAACAUAGCGAUUGCAUCUGAUUCCGAAGACCUAGGUCAUUUAAGUACUGAAGAAAGAAUGGAGGUGGAAACUAGCCAAACGAAAAAACUAUGGGUUGAUAUCAUCAAUGAGAAUCGUAAUCCGGCGAAGGGUCUCACUAUGGAAUUCGUUGCCCCUAAGAUUAUUGAUGGAGAAAUGGAAAUCCAAAUUGAAGAGGAAGAUGUUGAAAAGGAAGUGAAAUUCUGGGAAUCUGCCCUUAUCAUGUAUGCCCUGGGUGUGGACCUCAGCAUGAAUGCGGUAAAACAAUUUAUGAGCAAGAACUGGAAUUUUGUGAAAUUCCCUGAUAUGUUCUAUAAUGAGGAAGGUUUCUUCAUCCUCAGAUUCUAA